UAAUAUGAAGAUUAAAUUUAACAUUCUUUUAUUUUUUUAAGAUGACUGAAAGGAGGAAAAACCAAAGUGAAGUAUGUUCUUCACUCAGUCAUUUAUUUACUUUAUAACAGUAAAUAAAUAUCAGUUCUACAUAUAGGUUAUCAGGCACAUAAACAUGCAAAUACUUGGUAUCGGUAUUGGUUAUAAAAAAUCAAUAUCGGUCGAUCACUAAAUGAAUAUAAAAGAACCCGUAUGUGCGACCCACUAACACAGUUCAGGAGGUGUGUGACGAGUGUGUGGGCGGGAUCAACCAAUCGUGAUGUCACACAAGUGGGCGGUGCCAACAGCGUGUUCUCAAAUACGUGGGCGGAGUCAAGCUUGUUCAAAAACAGAUAACUGUUCACGCUUUGUACGACUUUUCUUUUCUUACAUUCUCCAAAGGUGAUUCUAAUUCGACUUUCCGUGCUCCCGUAUAUGGGGGAAUGAGUUUUUUUGCACGUUUAUGCAGUGGACGCCAAUGACAGAAGCCGUGUUUCUUUUUUCAAAGGCGUUGCUUCCAGUGGAAAAAGCUACUUUCCAAAACAGGCAUGAAACCUCCAGGCGAGGAAGAGAAUCAGAGGCUGGGCAUGCUUUUGCUCAACACCCUGGCAAGAGAAACGCGUCUUUGGAGAGCACCAGUCCUUAAAAACGGUUGCAUUCAGGGAUCAGAUAUCAGCCCACCUCAGUACCACGAGGUGAUCGUGUGGUUGCAUGAGAUGAGCAGUGUAUUCCAGUUUUCCUCCGAGACGUUGGCUUUGGGAGUCUGUGUUCUUAACAGCGUGCUUGCAACAGUCAAAACUCAGCUGAAAUAUCUCAAAUGCAUAGCCAUCACCUCUCUGAUCCUUGCUGCAAAAAUCAACGAGGAAGAUGAGGUGAUUGCAUCGGUUAAAGACUUGCUGGAGCAAAGCAGAUGCAAAUUCUCAACAGCUGAGAUUCUUCGCAUGGAGCGAGUCAUAUUAAACAAGCUGCACUGGGACCUUUACAUCGCCACGCCAAUAGACUUCAUUCACAUUGUGAGUCAUCAGAAAUCAUACAACCCUUUUAAUGUGCCGUUGCAAACAUUAGCAAAAACUGACAUUUGGUCCUUGACGUUGUGCGUUUGGAAAGCUGCAGCCGCAUGGCGAUCGACCGCGAGUUUCUUGCGGUGCAUAUUAAGCCAAGGCACUAAUCUGGCUUGUACUUUAACAGUAAAGCAGAUAGAUAACCCUGCAAAACAUCUCCAAUACAAAUAUACUUUCAGAAAUGGGAACUACACUAUAUUGGCUGUUCUAAUGAACAGGUUUGACUACUUUAGUGAUUUCCAUGAGUACAAAUCUGAAUAGUUUUAAGCAUAUAAUGAUGUUCUAGGGAACAACUAUAUGAAUAUCUGGAAUCUAAGGGUGCAAAAAAAUCUAAAUAUUGAGAAAAUCGCCUUUAAAGUUGUCCAAAUGAAGUUCUUAGCAAUGCAUGUUACCAAUCAAAAAUUAAGUUUUGAUAUAUUUACAGUAAGAAAUUUACUAAAUAUCUUCAUGGAACAUGAUCUUUACUUAAUAUCAUAAUGAUUUUUGGCAUAAAAUAAAAAUUAAUAAUUUUGACCCAUACAAUGUAUUUUGUACAAUGUAUUGCUACAAAUAAUUUUUAAAUGCAUGAAUUGUUUCCAUAGUUUUGGAAGUGCCUUUUUCUAUUCUAAAGAAGGGGCGGCAAUACUUUUGUCCGUAUAGUGCAUGUACAAGUCAUUGGUGUUUGGUGAUGAGUUUUUGGCUCUUAAAGUCACAGCAGAGGUUUCUGCAGACCAGUCAAGUUCUUCCACACUGACUCAAUCAAUCAUUUCUUUUUGAACCUUGCCUUAUACACAGAGGCAUUGUGAUGUUAGAACAGAAAAGGGUCCUGUCCAAAACUGUUGCUUUAAAAUUAGAAGCACACAAUUCCCUAGAAUAUCAUUAUACGCUUAAAUAUUCAGAUUUGUGCUCAUGGAAAUUACUAAAGUAGUCAAACCUGUUCAUUAGAAGGGGGUGCCAAUACUUUUUUACAAUAUAGUGUAUCGUUAUACUUUGUCUUUCCUACAUGGUGGGGUUCAAUUAAAAUGUCCAAAAAUAUGACUGAUGUUCUUUGUACAAGUUAGUGGCAUAGACGACGUGGUCGAGAGGUGUUUAGCCAUGAUCAGAUCGAUCGGACCAACAGUUAACAAAUAGAGAGCAAUUGCUGUUUUGGCACACCAUGGACAGUCAUAAAAUAGCCAUUAGAAAUUUAAAGCAUGUGAAACGAGACCCUGUUAAAAAUACCUCGGUGAUUUAAAAUCAACAAAAAAUCCUGAUGCUUAAAAAAAACUCUUAUAAGAAAAUUAAAUUAAAAUAUGGGAGAAACUCAUGAAACAUGGGUCUUUUUUUCACCCCAAAUCAAAAUGAUAAAUAUAUUUUGGAUAAAGAAAACAAAGCCUGUUUUAGGACCAUUAAAAUGUUUUGUAUGGAAAUUCUAAUUUAAUAUAAUUUACCAAAAAAGGCUGCACAUUUAUUGGCUGUUUUAGGUGCGAACCUUUGGGGAAAAUGAUAAAAUAAUAAAUAAUAAUAAAAACCUCCUCUUAAAGUUGUUUUUUUCCUCUCUCAAAUGUGUUUUCUAGAGUUUUAUUACCAGGAAAUAUUUUGGAAUGACACACUUUUAAUUUUUAGACAGGACUGGGUUCAGUGUGAAACUAUUUUUAUGGAAAAUUAGCACAUUUUACUUUACUUCUCUCAUUACUGUAAUGCAAAAAAUAGUUUUGUAUGUCUUCUUUAUAAUUGAAUACAUUUUUUUUUUUUUUGCAAAUUAUGAUAAAGUACAUUUACUGAAUUAAUUUUGUGCUGCUGAAUAAUAAUAAUGCCACAAUGUAAAAAAAAAAAACCUUGAUGGUCCUAAAAAUGCUUUUUCUUUAAGCAUAUGCGUUAUAUAUUUUGGGAUGUUUCUUUGAGAUCUCCUCAUAUAGGUCAUAUUACAGAUAUCUAGAUGUCUAUAACACAGACUAAUUAAAUAUAAUUGCUUAUGAAAUGAAAAAAUAUCUAAUAGCAUAGAAAAAUAAAUUUCCUUAACUUCCCAAAUAAAUAUCCACAAUUUAGAAUACCUUAAAUAUAUUACCGUACAAGGUCCAUGUGACUCUUCAGUCUCUUGGAGAAGUAAACGCUCACACAUACAGCUAUAAAUACAAAGGAAAGUCACACUUCCACAGUAAACAUUUAACGAAACAUUUCACAAGGCAAUGUGUAUUACUGCCCUGAACUCAUGAAACGAUCACGUCAUUCCCAUUCAUUUAAAAUGGCUUAUUUCUUUUUCCAAACAGAUGAAGCUACAAAACGUGUGCGUCAGGCCCUAUUCUAUUUUUUUUUUUUUUUUUUAAAUGUACGUUCCUGGUUUCAUAAGUGCACAUUAUUGUAUUCAUCAAUGAUGAUUAGUGUAAUAUCGUUUGUUGCUAAUUAAUUGCCAAUUUUGCAAAGUCGUAUUUCGCUCUGACUUGAAUGGAAAAUCAACCAUUGAGUCAGUUCCCAAAAGGAAAAAAAAAAAAGGCCUGCAUUGAGGAAAAACAGAAUGUAUCUGGAUUGCGAAUCAGAGCAAGAGACUUGUUAUUUUUAAAAACAUGGAGACUAUUGAACACAGCACAUUUUUUACAGCCCGCUCAUGAAGGGCUUACACAGAAACCGUUUCUUGAGUACAGGUACGGACCCUCGCCUCUGUAAGUGAUUGAUUAGGUAUUUUUGGUGGCGUUGUCUCCGUUGGUUAAGCGGUUUGUUGUUUUC